CCACGUAUGUUAUGUAGUAAUAAUUAAUGAUUUUAUUUAGUAUUAGAUAAACAAAUAAUUAUUAUGAAUAUAUUGAGAUUAAUAAUUGGUUUGAUAGUAUUUAUACAAUUGUCAGAAUGUACAUUGUUACCGCCCAAAGACAAAAAUAGUAAAAAGAAUAAAGGAAAAGUUGAAACUAAGAUAGGUCCUGUGAAUCAGGAUGUUUUUAAAAGACAUUUAGUGGUGAAAAACACUAAAACACAUGAUAUUAUUCAUGAAUCAGGCUUUUAUUUUUCGAAUACGACUCAUAAACGAUUUACAGGAGACGUUUUAGGAUACAUUACACCGUGGAAUAGUAAUGGAUUUGAAAUUGCCAAAUUAUUUCAUGGAAAAUUUACUAUGGUAUCACCAGUAUGGUUAGCAUUUCCAGAAGGUAAUGCAGCAACGUACAAAUUGUCGACUCAUGAUGUUCAAAAGAAGUGGUUGAAGGAAAUGAGAGCAGCAAACAAUGAAGCACAUCACGUGAAAGUUUUACCAAGGGUAUUAUUUGAACAUUGGUCAGUCAAUGAUAUUGUGGGAUUGUACAGUGAAACUCAUAAGCUGAGUGAAUUAAUUUCAUCGUUAAUAGAUACAGCAGAGGUCUAUCAUUUUGAUGGAUAUGUUUUGGAAAUAUGGAAUCAGUUUAUAUUUACAGGUGUAGAUACACAAAUUGUAAUAUCUUUAGUUAAGUCGAUUGCUCAACAACUAAACAACAAUAAUUUAGUUACAAUUCUAGCAGUGCCACCAUCAAGAGGCCCAAAAGUUCAAUUAUUUAAUAAAGAUCAUUUUGAUCAAUUAUCACCAUAUAUAAAAGCCUUCUCUUUGAUGACUUAUGAUUAUUCAACUAUUCAACGUCCUGGACCUAACAGUCCAGUUGAUUGGGUGAGGGAGUGUGUAAAACUGCUAGUACCUGAAGAUGGUCCUAAAAGGGCUCAAAUACUACUAGGUCUUAAUUUCUACGGAUAUAAUUAUACUCCUGAAGGUGGGAGAGCUAUUUUGGGUACAGAUUAUCUGAAAAUGCUUGAAUCCUUCAAAGGAAAAAUUCAGUGGGAUGAUAACAGCAAAGAACAUUUUUUUGAAGCAAAGUCGUCGGGGGGCAGUGGAAUUGUCUUUUAUCCGACAUUGUAUUCUAUUUUGCAUCGACUGGAUCUUGCUGCCGAAUUGGGUACAGGUAUAUCGAUUUGGGAGCUUGGUCAGGGGUUACAUUACUUUUACGAUUUAUUGUGAAUAUUUUUACAUACGUUAUAAAUAUAUUUUACACUUAAAAAGUAUAAAUGCUGUUGACAAAUAUAAUUUAAGUAUACAAAUAAAUUCAGUCUCGGUAAUAAUACUAUUCCUACAGUGUUUAGAUGAAUGUAACUAUUCUUAAUGGUCAAAAUUAAAGACAGCAUUUGUUCCUUA